AUGCCGUCAUCAAUCGACCCUGCGAUCCUCCACGCCUUGUCCUUGCAGGGCGACACGAGCAUAAUCUCUAUUCACGGCGGCUCUGGCUUUGCUUCAACUUUCCGAAUAACCACGCCCUCAACAUCUGUUUUCGUCAAGACAUCAUCCUCUCCUGGAGCGGCCGUCAUGUUUGAAGGCGAACACGCUUCCCUGAAUGCUAUCCACGACGCUGUUCCCCGCCUGUGUCCAAAGUCCUUUGCUUGGGGAAAACUAGAUCGAGGCGGAUACUUCCUCGCAACCGAGUUUCUUGAAUUUGGUGCCGGAAGGCUCUCAAGGACUCGAGGUGGAAGUUCCGGAAAAGGAAGUGGAAUGAGUCUCGCAGAGAAAUUGGCCCAGUUACAUUCCACCCCUGCCCCGACGCCGGAAGGUCACGAUUCGCCGCGGUUUGGCUUCCCCGUCACAACGUGCUGUGGAGAUACUCCUCAAGAGAACGAAUAUACAUCUUCCUGGGCCGAAUUUUUUGCGAAUGAGCGACUCCUCGCUAUCUUGAAGAGAAGCGAGAAGAACAACGGCCGGGACCCUGAGUUGCGCCGCACGGUUGAAAGGACAGUGCAGGAGGUGGUCCCCAGGCUGCUCGGGGACGGUCAUCUUGGCGGCAAAGAAGGCAUACAGCCGGUUGUGGUACACGGCGAUCUUUGGUCCGGGAACAAAGGCAAAGGCAGCUUUGUCGGCCGGGAUCAAGCUUCUUCUGACGAGGCCAACGCCAUAGAGGACGUCGUUUUCGACCCCUCGGCGUGUUACGCACACAACGAGUACGAUUUCGGUAUCAUGAACAUGUUCGGCGGCUUCUCGCCAGGCUUCUGGAAAGAAUAUCACGCCAUCGUCCCCAAGACUGAGCCGGUCAGCGAAUAUCCAGACCGUGUAGCGUUAUAUGAGAGUUACCACCAUUUAAAUCACUAUGCCAUCUUCGGAGGUGGCUAUAAAUCCGGGGCAAUGAGCAUCCUGAAAGGCCUCCUGAAGAAAUAUGGCGAUCGGUGA